CAAAUGUUUUGUAAUCAUGCAUCGUAUUAAAACGUAAUUUUCAUUUGAUUUCCAAUUAGAAUUGCAUUUAACAACGCAUUUUUCAUAAGACCUAACUUAUAUUUAACAAAAGCGUGGCGUUUAUUCAAGUUUUUAUUUAAACCAUUAAUUUAUAUUUGCGAUUUUGUGAUAUUGCUAAAUACAAGUGCAAAGUCCUCAAAGAAGUUUUAUUUGUUGAAUAUUCGUGUAAGAUGUCGUUUGUAAAUGAGAAGCUUACGAUUUUGUACGGUUCGCAAACUGGCAAUGCUCAAGAUUUGGCCGAGCGGUUGUGGCGUGAAGCGAAACGAUUUUAUUUCGCGUGUAAAGUAUGCUCAAUGGACGAGUACAACGUCGUUGAGCUCGUUCAGGAGCGCUGCGUGAUUUUCAUCUGUUCUACUACCGGACAGGGCGAGGAACCCGACAACAUGCGGAACUUCUGGCGAUUCCUGCUGCGGAGGAGUCUACCUGGAAAUUCUCUAGUCAAUGUAAAGUUUGCCAUUUUGGGUCUGGGUGAUUCAAGCUAUGUAAAGUACAACUUUGUUGCCAAACGCCUACAGAAACGUCUGCAGCAAUUGGGAGGGCAAGCACUUGUGCCUUUGGGAUUAGGAGACGACCAACAUGAGUUGGGAUAUGAUGCAGUUGCUGAUCCAUGGAUUGAUGACUUGUGGAAAGCAUUGCUUUUGGAGUAUCCACUACCAAAAGGUGUUCAUGUAUUAGAAAAGAAUCAAAAGGUUAUACCAAGGUUUAAUGUGUCUUCUACAUUACUGCAACCUUCUGCAGCUGGUGCAUAUAAGCAACAAUCUAUUUAUUAUUCCACAAGAGCAUCGAAUGAGUUUGAUGUUGCUGUGAAGGAAAAUAUUCGGAUGACAAGUGAUGAUCAUUUCCAAGACGUUCGUCUAAUAAAAUUCGCUUGCCCUGGACAUAAAUACUCCCCUGGCGAUGUUCUAGUCUUGCGUCCUCGUAAUCUACCCUCGCAAGUAGCUGAAUUUCAACGCAUUUUACAAGACAAUAAUGUCAAUAUCCCGCCGGAUACGUUGUUCAAAAUCACCGAAACCACUCAUGAAAUGCCCAUCCCAAAGUUUUUGAAAUACGAAGUAACUUUCCAACAACUAUGUGAAGAAUAUUUCGACCUCACUGCAAUACCAAGAAGACGCACAUUCGAAAUUCUCGGCCAACUCACCGAUAGCGAAAUAGAGAAGGAAAAAUGCGAAGAGUUGACCACCGCAGAAGGCCAAAACGAUUUAUACAACUAUUGCAAUCGUCCACGCAGGAAUAUCACCGAAGUUUUAGAAGAUUUCCGCCACGCGACCAAAAACUUAACCAAAGAAAUGCUGUUUGAAGUGCUGCCAGCGAUUAAACCUCGCGACUUUUCAAUCGCAUCGAGUUGUAAAUACCACGAGAACGAAGUUCAUAUAUUAGUUGCGGUUGUAAGAUAUAAAACAAAGUUGGUUAAAGAAAGGUUAGGUUUAGCCAGCAAUUAUUUAGCUGAUUUGAAACUAGACGCCAAGUUGAGUGCAUGGGUAAAGAAAGGUAGUUUUAAAUUUCCAACAGACGACACGCCAGUGAUAAUGGUGGGACCAGGCACAGGUGUCGCCCCCUUCAAGAACUUUAUCUUCGAACGCGUGCAAGCAAACACAGCGCGACCAAACAAUUGCGUGUUAUUCUUCGGCUGUCGCAAUCGUGGUAAAGAUUUCGUGUGUGAAGACGAAGAAAAACUGCACGCAAAUGGCAAGAUAACACUGGUGACCGCUUUCAGUCGGGAUCAGGAUUAUAAAAUUUAUGUACAACAUAAAAUCAUUGAAAACGCUGGGUUUUUAUGGAAGUUGUUAUCGGAGGAAGGCGCCUACGUACUGGUCGCUGGAAAUUCGAAAAAUAUGCCUCGCGCUGUGCGUGAUGCAUUCGUAACGGUGGCGACUGACGCCGGUCGUCUUACGCCACAGGAAGCGGAGAAUUUCGUUGAGAAAAUGGAGAAAACCAAUCGGUAUCAAACCGAAACCUGGUGUUAACCAUCACACCGAUGCAUAUUAGGUAAUAUGUACAGACUACAUAGUUUAAUUUAGUGAUAUCGCAUGAUUUUUAUACAAAUAUUAAGUAAACAACAUCAGCGAGAUGUUAUACAAUCAAAAAUAUUGCUGAUUGUGCAAGAAAAA